UUCUUCUCCCCGCUGAUAUUCUCAUCGUUUGUCGUUGUAUUCCGGUUACUCGGUCUGUUAUUCCAGUGUCAGGAAUUGCUAAUUUCCUGAAGCCAACAUGGCCGAUCAUGAUUUGGCGCGAACCCUCUCGGCGCGAUAUUAUCUGCCGGGGCGCAUUUUGCCGAAUCCUGAGCUCCAAUCUCGACCGGACGCGAGUGUGGAGGUUAUUAGCAGGGAAAGCUUCGUUCAUCGAUCGACGCCUAUGACUUCUAAUCGAGUGAGUAAGCGUGGGCGACCGAGGAUGUCGCCGUCGACAACAGACACAGCGUCUCAUGACCGUCGCACUCAGGUUCGACACGCACAACGAACCUACCGCCAGAAGAAAGAGACAAUGUUCCGCGAUAUGAGAAAUCGGGUCUCGGAGCUGCAAGAUACCGUGGAGCGAAUAUCCUCGUCUCUCGCCGACUUCCACGAAAUGGCCAUCCAGUCCGAUCUGCACGUCACCCAUCCAUAUCUAUUCGACAGGCUCAACGAGACAAUCGCCCAGGUACAGAGUAGCACCCCGAGAAGUGACCAACACUGGACCCGUACAGAAGACAUCCACGCAACAAACCAUCCACUCUAUCCCACCACGACUACCGACCCUGACCCAGUCACAUUCGGCUACAUGAUCAACCCCGAGGACCAGCAAGACCCCAACUCCCACCUCCCAACCUCUCACGAAAGACACCGACCCGUCCGGUUCUGCCAUCCUCUAUACUCCUACCACCUGCGACACAUCGAGAAGCCUCUCCCCGGCAGCUCCGCACACACGCACAGCCUCCACGAGACCGACUUCUCGCGACGCCUCCACCGCUACUGUCUCGAAUAUACCUGGCGCAUAUUCAUCGAUCCACACGCCAACGCGCAGGACUUCUACCGCAUCUUCAGACUCGUCCCCUGCGUCCGCUACACGGACAAAAUGCGCCCGUAUCUAGAGUGUCUCGUGCGGUCGGGGGCGCAGGAAUCGUUGGAUAUAGCGGCCGCACCGUUCUACUGCAUCGGGGGCGCGGGAACGCAUUACCCCCGAAAACAGAACGGGGUGCCAGUCUAUCCGGAGAAUAUGCGUCUUCCGAGGAGGAUUCUGAGCGUGAUGCCGUUUUCGGGCGCGAGGGAUGAUAAGGUCGAUGAGGCGAGUGAGGAGAGAGAUGCGCUGCUCAAGGCCCUGGGGUUGCAUGGUAUAUGGCUCGAUUGUCAUGAUGUGCAGGGGUAUUUGGAGGAGAAGGGGCUGGCGCUGGAUGGUCCUUCGUGUGUCUAUGCGUCUGGGUCGGGUGCUGUUGCGAAAGCGUCCGAGGGGGUGGAUGAGGGUGUUAUGGAUGUGGAUGCGCAUGAGGAGAGUGUGGUGCCUAGGAAGUUUCACAUCGGUGAUGGAACGUCAGUGAGAUCGCGGACUAGCGAUUUGACCCUCAAUGUGGAGGGCUUCUUUCGCUUGCUUCUGAAAAACAUGAUUAUACUAGGCCGAGCACCAGGCUUUCGACUGAGCGAUGUGGAAACGGCUUUCAAGUCGACUGCGAAGUUAUCGGCAGCCUGAAACAUUGUUAUGGAAUUAAUCUAUAACUAUCCAGUCAUUAGUGUUAAUGUUCUCACGAGGUUAUCUGUCACGUCAUGUCAUGUCAACAUUUCU